AUGUAUUCUAUGUCGCGAAUCUUAAACAGCGGUUCCACCGGCGGGAAACCCGCUAACGCUGGUGACGCGGCGCUCAGCGACAGGCCGGGGGGAAACAACGGUGCGGGGGCUGGCGGAACUGCGACGAUCCUCAUGGAUUUCCGCGCGCCUUCUGCCGGAGCUCCGCCGGCCCCGGCGCACGACGCGCGCUCCUCGCGCCCCUCUUCCUCCGCUUCCGCCUCGUCCUCCGCCUCGUCUUCCCCCUCCUCCUUCACCCCCCCUUCCGGCCAUCCCUCCGUGUUUUCCGGCGGCGCUUCCGCCGCGCCUCCCGGCGGUACUUCCGCCGAGCGCAUCAGGUUAGAUCUUAUGCCCCCAUCUCGCCACCCGUUUCCGCCUUCCGCGUUCCCCGGUGGAGCCGGCGUAGCGGGUGCGCGCGGAGCGGGCGGAGCGGGUGUGCGCGGCGGCCGCCACACCGCGUCGCUGGACCUGGAGCGGAUGCGCGGUCUGGGGUUUGGGGGAGAUGGCGCGGAAGGGGGAACAGGCGCGGGGGCGCACGCGGGGGAAAAGCCAUGGGGGAGAAGCAUGAGCAUGGUCCCCAGCCUAGGGCGCGCGGGUGCUGGGGGAAGCGGCUUCGGGGGAGGAGGCGGUGGGGGAACCACGGGGGCAAACUCCCCCGCCGGAGCUGGAGAGGGGAGCGGGGGAUUUUUUGGGGGAGUCCGCGGAGCCCUGCGCGCAGGGGCAGGGGGGAAGCCGUCCGCAGGGGGAGGCGGAGUGGGAGGGGGAGGGGCAGGGGCGGGAGGGCUUCAGGCGCGCGCGGGGGGGAAGCGCGGAGCGGGGGCAGGAGGCGGAGCAGGAGUGGAAGCAGCGGAGACGGCAGAGGCGGCUUGCGAGUGGUACCGGGGGGAAGGGGGCGAAACCGUCGUCGUGCUGCCACGUCAGCCGUUGACCGACGCGCUGGUGUUCGACGACCCUGCCACGUCAGACAUCCGCGUGGACGUGUUCGCGCGUGACGGAUCCCUGCACGCUUCUAUCGCCAUGCACUCUCAGGUGCUCCGAGAGCAAUCGGAUUUCUUCUUCUCUGCUCUGCCCCGUCGCCCCACCAGAGCAACGGGCACCACCGCUGCUCAGGGUGCCUCCGCUGCUGCUGCUGCGGCUGCUGCUAGCUCGCACAGAAACGCAGCAGGAGGAGGAGGAGGGGGAGGGGGAGGGGGAGGGGGAGGCGGAGCGUCUCACUCGCCGCUUCCGCCCUCUCCGUCACUCUCUCUUCGACCCCCCUGGGAACAGCAAGAUAGCCUCCCAGGAGACGGGGGAGGAGGGGGUAGAAGGUCGUUAGAGUUGCUUGCACACAACCAUCACCACCACCCCCACCAGCAGCACCAGCAGCAGCAGCACCUGCCACAGCACCAACCGCGAGGCACCUUCUCCAACCACCCUCUCCCUUCCCCCUCCUCCUCCUCGUCUUCCUCCACCUCCACCACCCCCCGCUCGCACCCUCUCCCUCCCUCCCACCCCCCCACUUCCUCCCACCCCUCCACUCCCUCCCACUUGGGUCGUGUGUCUGUGAGAGCGAGCGACUUGGUUUCCCAUCCUGAAGCCUAUGUCUUCACCCUCCGUCUUUUCUAUCACGAGCCGACCAUUCUAGAUGAAAUCGUGGCCGUUGGAUCCAUCUGGCGUGUGCUCGACAUGCUCGUCGCCGCUGCUGACCUCCAAUUCCACGCCGCCACGUCAGCGUGCGUGGAUUUUCUGGAAUCCGUGCCGUGGAGCGAGGAGGAGCAAUUGGGAGUGGUGCGGCUGCUGUCGUUCCUUCAGCUGCCCGACGCCCGCCCAGUUUUGGACCGGCUGCCCGUGAAAAAACUCCUGGAGGAGGAAGCAGUCACAGCAGCGGUUCGCGUGCUUCUACAGAGGGGUUUAUCUUGUAACGAAGCAGUCAGUCCAGAGGACGCUGCUGCUGCAGCAGCGGCUGCCGCCGAAGCUGCUGCUGCUCUUGCUGUCUCCUGCUCCUCGCCUCGUUCUUUUUCCUCUGGUUCUACUUCAACCCACGGGUUUAACUAUGACUUGCCUCCUGUGUCACCCCUCUCCAUGGCCCAUCAUCUCCCAUCCACCACCUUAGCUGCUGCCACUGCUGCUGCUGCUGCUGCUGGCAAUGCUGGCAGUGCAGGCCAUUCGUUUUCCUUCUCUCCCCCUCUCCCCAAGCCACGAGGAGGCCUCCCUCCCGCUUCUGCUUCUCACCCCCAUUCUCACGUUCCUCCCCACUCCUCGCACCCCCACUCCUCCCACUCCCCCUUCCCCUCUUCCUCUUCCUCCGCCUCUACCGCCCAAGCCUCCUCAAUCCCAAGCAUCUGCCCCGGGGGCGGCAUGCGCGAGUGCAGGGACGCGGUAACUGCGUUACUGCGUAACAACACGGCGCCGAUGCUGAGCCGCCGCAGCAAGCGAGCCCUGCUGAAGCAGGCGUUUGUGGAUCUAUUGCAAGCCGUGUGGUCGCAGCAACAGGCGAAAAAGGCCGCCCGGCGCGCUGCCGCCCCGCUGCGACGAACCAGGUCGCUCAACCCUGAAUCCGUGAAUCCGGCGAAGGCGAGAAGUCAGGAGUUUCCAAAUUCUGUUUCUCUUCAUGCUGAUCACUUGUUUCCCGACCUCAACCGCAGCAGCGGUGGUAGCGGCAGCGGCAGCGAGAGUGGCAGUGGCAGCGGCAGCAGGAGUGGGAGCGGCAGGGGUGGUGGCGUGGCAGGGGGCACAGAGCGGGGAGGAAGGGUGGGAGGAGCAGAGGGAGAGGGUAGGGGAAGUGAGGGAAAGGGGAAGUCGCAGGGAAGAGAGGCGGAGAGUGGGAGUGUUGGGAACCCAGGUCGGCGUGGGUUAACUCGCACACGGUCGCUCUUCCCCCCUCGCUCUCAAUCCAGCUUGGGGGGUGCAGCAGGUGGGGGAGGAGCAGAAGGGGGAGGAGAGAAAGGAGGAGGAGGGGAAAGGGGAGGGAAAAUUGGAGGAGGAGGGGGAGGGGGAGGGCUGGGAGGGUCGGCAGGCAGAGACACAGGAGGAGUAGGUGGAGGGAAGGGAAAAGGAGGAGGAGGAGAAGUGGGAAUGGUGGCAGAGAGAGAGACAGGCUUGCCAGGAGCUGGGGAGGAAGAGAGGGACUGGCUUACCAUGCUCGUCCCACCACCCCCCUCAUCCCCUUCAUUGCCUGAUUCGGUAUAUGGAAAGGACGGGUCGCUGACGUGGCUGGUGGGUUUGAUGCUAGAGCAUGGACUGGCCGACGAGGUGUUUAAGUGGUUGGCGACAGAUCAUGAGUUUGUGGGGGAAGUUCUGAAUUGGUGCCGGCAGCAGCAGCAGUGGAGAGAGGCUCGGGCCGAGGCUCGGCGGGCGGUUCGGCGGCUUGAGGCGAAGAGGCGGAGGGAGAAGGAGGGGAGGGGGGCGAAGGGUGGGGGGGAUGGGCAUGGGGUGGUAGGAGGGCAGGAGGGAGAGAAAGAGGGGAAGGGAGAGGAAGCGGGGAAGGCAGUGAGAACAGUUGCAGCAUUGGGAGCAGUGAGAGGGAGAGAUGUGGCGCUCUCUCUCUCUGGCUUGGCCUCCUCCCCUGGGAUGGAUUCCAUUAGUGACUGGAAUUCUCUCUCUCGCACCGCAACUGCUGCUGCCAUCACUCGUUCCGGCAGCAGUGGUGGCGGCGUGACUAUUUCUCCGCUUCUUGGCCCGGCAACUGCCGGGAUUGGCCUCGGGGAAAGUGCAGCUGCAGGAGCAGCAGCAGACAUAGCAGCAGCAGGUGUAGCAGCAGCAGGCGUAGCAGCAGCAGGCGUAGCAGCAGCAGGCGUAGCAGCAGCAGCAGCAGCAGCAGCAGGUGCAUCACCACCAGCAGCAGGGUUUCACGCGUCGCACUCGCUGCUCGAGCCGUCCCCUUCAGGAGGAGGCGCGGCGCCAGGGACAUUCCCAACAGCAGACCCGGGGUUCCGCAUGUGCGGCGUUGAAAUAGACUCAGAAGAGCGGGCUAUUAUGUUGUUUGGCUUCAACGAGCUGGUGCUGACCAUGCCUGCUGCUGAGCAGCAGCAGUUGUAUGGCAUGUGGAGCAGAAUGCGCGGCGGAAGUGGGGGAGGAGGAGGAGGCAAGGGAGGAGGAGGAAAGGGAGAAGGACGGGGAGAAGGCGGGGAUGGUGGAGGAACUGGAGGAGGAAAGGGGGAAGGAAGAGGAGCAGGUGUAGCAGGUGGGGGGGUGUAUGGGCGGUUGGAUGGGGGGCUAGCAGGGUCGGGAAGUGGAGAUGCUGGUGGUGAUGGGUGGGAAGGAAGGUGUUGCAAGGAGUGUGGAGAGGUGAUGGGGGGUGCGGAUGAGGAGGAGGAAGGGACGUGGUUUUCUCUGUCAGGGGCGUAUAAGAAGUGGCUCACGCGCCUGGGCCUGCCGUUUUCGUCCAAGGAUUACAACACAGAGUUCUGA